UGCGCGAACGCAAGAACGCACCCGAUCACGUCCUGGAUCCCAGUCAACUCGCUGUUAAGCAAGACACGACAGGCAAUACUCAAUGACGCGAAACGCGCUAGCCUGUUGCUCGGUAUCUAGCGCUUUCGAUUAAUGUGCGAAAAUCGCAGUCUUAUCCUCCUUCCUGUCUCGGGACAGAACACCUUACAUCGUCUCAUAUUGAUCCGUGGCGCAUCUAAGUGGGCAACUGUCAAUACAAUCAGUGCUCAGUAUUGCCGUGCAACCUUGCGAAUAUCGCGCUGGAUCUCCCGGUCUUACUGUCUUUCCGAAGGAAGUUGCGCCAGUCAGCGCGCCACAGUGACAGGUCGCUCGUGUCAAAUUGCAAGCUUGCACUUGUACGCUUUACGAAGAAGAGGGCGCUUAUGGGUAGCUUCAUCGGUCACGUACUCUGUAGUGUCAACAGUCAGCCAGUGGUCCGAAGUCGGUGCAGUGACAUCUCCAGAUCAUCCCCAACGGCGUUCUACGCUUCGACAAGCUGAUCCUUCGAUGCAUCAUCCAGGAACCGGCUGCAUGACCCCUUACAAGGGCCGGCGCGCCAAAUGCAAUCGUAACUGCACAUUGUGCGGCUGUGAUAGGUGAAUGCCCUCUAUCACAGGCCCGUGCUAAUCGUUCGCUUCGCACCGGUCUCCCGGCAAGCCUCAAGACGUCCACCUGAGACCCAGCUCUCCAAGAGGCAUGUGCAGGCAGAGUCAUUCGAUGAUGCUUCCCUGAGUUCCGUCGUUCGUCAUUUUCUCUGCCCUUCGAGCACUCUGCACACAUCAAACACUUUACGUCUUGGCGCGCUGUCGCAACCUCAAGUCUUGCCCCAACUUUGGGUUCGUGACCAGGAUCUGGUCAUGCUACCGCCGGAGCUCGAGCACCUCUGCGACCAACCCUCCAAUUUAGCUUCUUCUAUGGCUUUUCCAGAACAAUUCCCAGCCCG